GGCUUUUCAGGGCUAUGGUACGGGGCAUGCAUGCCAGGUCCUCUCCUCUGACACAUAAUAUGAAAAGGGGGUUGGGCUUAGCUGUGUGUUCCCACAUGCAUAGUAAGAGGUCUCAUUUUCAUACACCACUUGGCAUGCUUGUGUGUGCGGUUUGUUGAUGAUGCAUGCAUGUGAAGUUAUGCGGUACAACUUCCAAACUUUGAGAGAGAGCAGGGAACCUAGAUGUGCUAGCUCCAGUCAGAGCAGGUUGCUGUCUACUGCCAUUUUGUUUGCAGAUGCCUGACUGCACUGACCGGACUCUUGUGUCAAUGAAUGAUCUAUUCAAACUACAACGUACAUUACACAUAGCUCAGCCAGAACAGCUACACUUCAACUCACAAAUCAGUCUACAGCAUUGAUAUGACAGUUCCCUGCCUUCUGAUGUUGGGGAGAGUUGAAGACCACAAUGGAUUCUCUUGCCAGCCCAUGUAGACCAACCUCCAAGUCCAUCAUCAUGGAAUCCCCAGAGUCUCCACCACCUAUGGACCAACAAACCCUGGGAUGUGAGCGGACAUACACUGAUUCUGAUGAACUCAUCUCACCAAUAAUAGCUGCUGAGCCAUUUCACAGCUGUCUCUCUAACAGCAAUCUCAUGUCACCAGAACCUGACCUCUCCGAAUCUGAUUCCACUAGGGGUGAAGACACUGCAGGAAUUGCGAGGAGUAGUGAGGACUCUGGAGAUAUUGAAAGUGAUGUUUCACCUCAGGCAGGCUUUGUCCAAAUAAGUGAAUCCCAGUAUGAGCAACCUGUCGCGGUUGAUGAAUCUAGUAACCCACAUGAGGAGGAACUGCAGCUUGAACCUUGUCUGGUUUCAGAAUAUUCCUUGGAAUCUUCCUGUGCAAAUGCUCCAGCAUGUUCUAAUACAGACAAUGUCGGUAGUGAAAGCAGUUAUCAUAAUAAGUAUGUGCUGAGAAUGAAUGUUUCAUCAAAUGAAUUAUCAGUUAUGGAAGAGGAGGAGCAUGAAGUUUCUACUGAGGUCAUUUUAGGAGAAUCAGAGGAGCACUCUAGAUUAGAUGAUGCUAUCCCUAAAUCUGUUAAAGUGAUGAGCACUAUAUCGUCAAACAAGCAAAAUAAUGAUUCUGAAAAUAGUGUUUCAUUUGAUUUGCCACCUAAAACUCGAUCAGCGGAAAUUGACAGUCACAUGGAACAGAAAAAUGACAAAAAUAGAGGAAUUGGCUUUGUUGAGCAAACAAUGACCCCAGUUGCUCACAUCAGUAGUGAUUCAUCUAACAUUAUAAAUAGCAGUGAAAUACCAUCAAGUGGUCACUCAUCUAUUGCCAUUCCUAAUUCAAAUUCUCUUGGUGACUCUGUUGGGUAUUCCUUGGAAUCGUCAAUUCCAAAUGUGAUCUUUUGUGAAGAAAGCAGACCAGUUUUAGAUGAGCAGGAAGACCCACUAGUUAACAUAAGAACUGGAAAGAGUAUGGAGGAAAUGAAAACAGCACAGGAUAACUCGAGUACUACAAGUCCAAGGAAGAAAUUAGACAGUAGCAAAGACUCUUCAUUAAAUGAUGAUCAAGAGAAUGAAAGCGUACAUGAUUCUACAGCAGGUUUGGGGCCAAAGGAAAGUGGUAUUCCAACCCGUGUUGAUAACACAAAUUCUUCCACUCCCACCACCCUUGUUGGCAAAACAACACAAAAAAAGAAGUUCUCUCUUGAUAACAUGCUUGCCAGGGUAAAUGAUUCAAGCAUUUCCUCAAAUAGUCAAAUUGCAGUACCACAAGAGAGCGAACAGAGGGGUCCAAGUAGCUCUCAGUCCCAGUCCAGAAGAAAAAUUUUCAAACAAAAAUCCCCUGCAGCUGUUACCAAACCAUCCUUUCAAAGCUCAGAUAUAGAUGAUUCACAGUCAGAGGAUGACGAUUUGUCCAUGAGCCAGCUGAAUAUCUCAGAAGAUGCAAGUGCAAUGGACUAUGAAGAUGGCAUUGAAGCACCAGAAACUGUCCUUUGCAAGCCAGUUAGCAGUAUGCUGGGCAACAGCAGUAGCCAGAGGCGCAGAAAUCCCAGUUCUCCCCGCAUCGCUCCAGCAAUUGAAAACAUGCUGGAUGAAGCUUCAGACAUUACAGAUUUCUGUGACAUUGCAAAUAAAUUCUUUGAUGGUGGGAAGGAAGAAAUUAAUGACCAGGAAAGUGCUUAUGCGGGGUCAUCGCCAAAUGAAGUGUGCCAGCAAACUGCUAUUGAGGACAGACAUGAACCACCUACAGAACUUCCUGAUUUGCAGGAGAAACACCUGCAUCAAACAAAUCAAGUAAUACCUACUGUGCCUACUAGCUCUUCACCAUCAGCUCCUAUGAUAAAGGACAGCAGAGUCAACAGGGUGUACCAAAUCCAGGGCAAUCCUCCACAGCUAACCAUCGCCCCUCCAGCAGGAGUCCAGCCAAAUAGUGCGGUGGCAGCACCUGUCCCUGACAGUACCACUGUAAAGAAUGUUGCCAUGCCACCAGGAACACCAUCGAAUCAGAAGACUGUGCUGAUGCUCCAAGGAGGCGAUACUCUCAAGGUUGACAUGCAAGGAAAUCUCAUCCUUUUCAACAGCCAGGGCAAGCAGACAGCAUGUGUAAACAGUAGUUUGAUCAAUGGCAUUGUGUUGUCAAAGACUGUCAUCAAGGCUGCUGAGGAAGCUAGCCAAAGUACUGUCCCAGCUUCACCUGUAGCACCACAUACACCUGCCAGACCUCCCCUGACACCACCAGCACAGCAGCAACGGUCAGCUGAACAGCCAGCUGGACAGCCCCCACCUCUUAUUCCUGCACCACACCCUGCACCACUAGUGCGAGACCAACAGGAUCAGUGGCACAUGUCCAAUCCUGAUGAAAUUUCAAUGGCAUCAGAAGGUACGGUGCGGCGAAACAGCACUGAGGGCUCAGAAAAUAGGACUACUUUCCCUCGUGGAACUGUACGUAGCAUGAUAGCUUCAAACAAUUGGGUCCCUAACAGUGGUGUACCACCACCCCCUUCUAGCCAGGUUGUCCAUGUACCUCAGGGCCAGUACUCAUCUGUCUUGCAAAAGGCUUUGAUGCAGCAGCAAACAUCACAACAACCAGUGCAGCACAAGUCUAUUCUUGUCCAACAGUUACAGCAGCAACCCGGUAGUCGUCCACAAUAUCAAAUACAACCACACAUCAGUAGCCACCCUAAACAAAUUCAACCAAAUACACAACAGGGAUCUUUCUCACAAGCACACUAUAAUCAGCAUUUUCAGCAAAUUCCACCACAGCAGCUUCAGCUUCACCAGGUUCCGCAGCCAGUCCAACUGGAGAAUGAAAAGCCACGGACCAGAGUAGUUGCUUCAGUAAGCAUUCCGCCAGUUGGCCUCGAUCCACAAGCAACAAUUCCUAGUGCUCCUCGACCGACAAACUCAAGUGGAAAUACACAGCAGACCAAAUUGUCUACAUAUUUAUCAGAAUCCAACCAAGGCGGGAAGCUACAUAACCUGCCGAACGUAUUGAAACUAUUGACCUCUGAGAAAAAAAAUGAAAAUUCUACUUUUCCAGCAAACCAAAGUGCAGAGCAUGUUCAAAAUGAGAGCAGUGAAGAUGACAGGAGUGGAAAUUUGGUCCCUCUGAACUCUGGGGGUUCAAGUCAGAGCACAGGAGGGAGUGGGAGUUUGAAGCACUGUGAGUUGUGCAACCGCCUAUUCAUUAAAGAAGAAUCAUAUGAGAAGCAUCUACAGACCUCUCCCGGACAUUGGGAAAUAUGGAAGGAAUUUCACCGUAAGAAGCAGCGAAUGAAGUACAUUUGUACACAGUGCAAGAAGAUAUUUGUGAAUCGAGAAGCACUUCUGUCUCACAAAGAAUACUACCACAACCAAACUAGAGCCAUUAAGGGUAGAUUCCUGGUACGCUGUCAACUGUGCCAUCUGAAGUUUAUGGAUGAUAGACAGUUAACAGCUCACAUGGACAAAUGCCAUACAGAUGUCCAACUGGAGAAUGACAAAGAAACAAUUGAGAGUAAGGAAACGCCUAGUGUCAGUAAUAUCAGCAAUGUAGAAGAACCUUGUAGCAACAGUUCAUCAUCGCCAAUAACUAUUAGUAAUGGGAUGAAUUCAAACACUGAGAUUAUACAUUCUUCAUCAUUUGGCAGGGGUACAGGUAGAGGAAGAGGAAGAGGACAAGGAAGAAGAAUGUCCUUGAAGAUAAGGGCAGAAUAUGGCAGCAGGAAGGCAGGGGAGCAGGCAAACAAAGUGAAAAGUGAGUGUGGUGGCCGUAUUAAAAUCGAGUACAUCAACGUGAAUGCGAGAAGGGGUCCAGGCAGACCAAGACGAAGGAGUAGUGAUGAAGUACCCACCUUCAUCAUUUACAAAGACCCCAAGGCCACGACUACUGAUCUUGUUGGAAGAUACGGCAGAUGUGAAGCUGGUACAUUGCGCCCAUAUAAGUGUAAUCUCUGUCCAAAGAACUUUAACUCAACACAUUGUCUCCUGGAACAUAUCAAAAUACAUGUCAAGCCAUACUCGUGUGGAGCAUGUGGUUUGAAAGCAUCACGGAAGGACAAUGUGGCCAAGCACAUUGAACUUGUCCAUGGAGGUCCAAAGUAUGUUCCAAAGAGACAGCCUAAUACUCCUGAAAAGCCAGUCAUGUCCAAACAUAGGAGGAAGAAAUUACUGAAGCGUUGGCGCAAACGGAUGACCCGAGAAGCUGCUGAAGCAAGUGCAGGAGCUGAUGGUCUAAAUCAAGCAGAGAGUUUUGAACCUAUGGACAUGGGAGAUGGCACAGGUAGACUUGCAUCCACAGAGCAAGCUGAAACUGAAGGAAAUGCUAGUCUUAAAGGAGAAGAUAUAGGGAACGCUGGAGGAGAGGAAGGUGUUGAUACAGAAUCUGCCUGUAUGCAAGGUGGAGAAGUUGGUAGUUUUGAAGAUGCUGAAGAUUCUGACAUUGCCUCAUUGCAAGAUCAAGUGACAGUUACAGACAUAGAAUUUGUUGAAGAUGGUGAUGGACCAAUGGGAGAUGAUUAUAUUACCAUUAGUGCUGAAGACAAUAAGAAAAGCAAUUGGAAUGGAAGUGAAACUGUGAAUGAUGAGCAAGGUGAUUCAAGGUCAAAAGAAGAGAACUCAGAUGAUGUUAUUGAGGAAACUGGAGAUCCAAAUAAACCAGAUACUAAAAUAGAUGAUGAACUUCCAGAAAAUAUAAGUCAAAAUACAUCUCUUCAUAACAGCAAUAACAAUACAGAGGGUCAAAAAGAAGAUCCACAUAUUCUUGAGCAUAAUGAAGAGUCACCGAAACAUGUUGAGGAUCCAGUUGCUCAUGAAAAUGAAAGAAAGGAGAAAGAAGAGUUUGAAAGUAGAGAAGAUGAAGAGUCGCCUUCUCAAGAGUUGCAGUCAGAUGAUAUUUCAGUUGCAAGUGAUGGCUUCAUACCGAUUGAGGAUGAGAAAGCUGAAGGAAAUUCAGACCAGGAACAAGAAAAAAAUACAUGUAUUGAAAGAUCAGAUGGCAAAGAUUCACAGACUAAAGCCCAGGAAAGCAGAACAGAACAGGGCACUGUUGUAGAGGAUUCUGACAUACAGCUUGAACAAUCAAAGUCUAGCAUUAUGACUGUGGGCGAUUUCUUGCUGGACAUGUCCUGUGAAGACGUCACUGACUAUCACGAUGAUGUGCAUCAGAAAAAGGGAAGUUCAGAAGGCAAAGAUACAUCAGGUGAUGUUAUUGAAGUAGCAGAUGAGGAUGAUGAAGAAGAUGCUUGUAAUGAUGUCAAGCUAACAGAUGAUGCACAAACAAUAAAAUCUGAGAAAGAAAAUCAGGAUGACGAUAAUAUGGUUAUGCCGGUAAUUGUAUCGGUAGAAUCACUGAAAGGAAAAUCCGAAGCCAUGAGCAAUGAACCCGAAGAGAAUCCAAUUAUUUCUACCAGUUAUCAACAUCAGCAAAUGGAGUACGCCAAAGGGCAAGCUAGUGACUUCAGGAUGCAAAGUUCUACAAUGGGAAAUGCACAUGCCCAAAGAUUUCCCCUCCCGCAGGCUCCACAAUUUCAACCACAGGGUGGGCAAUAUCCACCUUCUAACAUGCCUGGAUCUGCUGUAAUGCCACCAGGAAUCCAAGGACAAUUGGGGAUGCAUGUACAGCAGCCAGUGUAUUACAAACCAGAUAAUGCCAUGGGAGGCAAUGCCAUAGGAAGCAAUCCAUACAUCAGUGCUUUAAAGCAGCAGGCUUCUUCUAUUCAUGUAGCGCUGGGUCACCCUCAAUACCCAGGUAUGAUGCAGCAGCAGAUUCCACACAAUGUGCCAUCUCAGCAGCCAGUAUUCAUCCAGCCAGAAACAGCAAGCAGAUUCCAGAUGAACCCAAACCUGAAUCCCAUGGGCUUAGCUUCGGCAGUGACACAAGGAAUGCGUUUCAAUGCUCCACACAUGAACAUGCCAAAUCAUGCAGCAACGUCUCUUCCUCAACCAAGUGUUGGAGCACAAGGGUCACAGAUAUCCCUGACAGCCAUGCAACAACUUCAACAACAGUAUGCCCUGAAACAACAUCAUCAGCAGGAACAGCAACAACUUCAACAGCAGCAACUUCAACAACAAAAACAGCAACAAGAACAACUUGCCAAACAACACCAACAGUGGGCCACUCAUCAGUUGAUGAUGCGAGCUCAGUACAGCCAACAAGGACUUAAGCAGGGUAUGGUGCAUAACAUUACGAAUAUGCCUGGUCAGGUGAGACCGAGCCAAAUACCACAUCAAUUUGUACAACCAUCACCUCAUUCAGUAAGUGCAGCUAAUCUUCUGCAUUCGUCUCAUCAGGGUGACAGCAAUCCUCAUCAUUAUCCAGGACAGGGGUUUGAAAAUAGAGAGAACAAGCAAUCAGGAAGUCCAGCACACCAUCAGCAGUCUGAGUCUGUUAUUAACAAUAGUACUGGACAGAUUGCAAAGAGACCCAGCACCUCAUCGUCAUCUACAUUACAACCAAAUGUGAUCAAACCAAAUAUGGGUCAACAAAGCGAUUCAUCAGAAUCAUCAAAUGUAUCUCAAGAAAGUCCAGAUAUUCUCACAGUAGUAGCACGUAGCAUGAUGGACAAAUCACCUCCAAAUGCUGAAGUGAGACCUGUAAUCUCAUCAAGGCUAUCUGAGAGCAGCUCGCCUUCUGGAUCAGUUGGCAUAACCUCCAAUGAUGAAGUAAUAGGUGGGCUUCAGUCACCACCUGCGGGUAGCAUAGCAUCAGAUCAUUCAGCUUCCAGACCUCACCAGAAGGCCAAGUCCCCACGAAGUCCAAGAUCUCCAAGAGCAAAAGCAUUCCAGUAUAAAAUAGAUCCAGAGCGUCCAUUCAUCUGUCACAUAUGUGGGAAAGGCUUCAAGCGUAGAAACAACCUGACUGAUCAUGUGCGAACUCACACUAGACCGUAUAAAUGUGGUGAGUGCUCCUUUGAUACCAUUCGAUGGCAAUACCUGGCUGAGCACAUGAAAAAAGCCCAUGGUUUUUCGGGAGAUCCCAAAGACCUGGAGAUGCUGUUUAAGUCUUCUUCUAAGAAACUCAUUCCCACUGACCGUAUACCAGCUGCCAGCCUGACACCCGCAAUGGGUGUUGUAAUAUCAAACCUUCCUGUGGCACCAACUAUGAUUGGGAGUGAUCUUUCCAGAACUACACCUGUGCAAACCUCCCUAGACUAUGAUCUUGAUCUAGUUGAUUUCUUUGGAAAAGAUGAGGAAUGUGAAUCUGGGAAAGCAGCCAAAAAUGGAAGUCCCAAAUUAACUCCAACUCAAACUACAAGAGUAAUUCCCACAGGGGAAGGCAAUGGCUCUACUGACGAUUGUCAAGCAAAUAUCGGUGUAGAGUCGGCCAGACCUGAGGGCAACUCAGGAUUGGCAAGUUCUGAGGAAGUUGCAGAAAACUCUGUUGAAAUGGUACCCCAGAUUUCAGAAGAGAUCCCUGAACCAACUCCUCAACCAGAUAACACUGAUGUACUGACAGUACAACCUAUUGCUCCAGAAGAUGCUUCUACCUCCCUGGCCAGUGGAGAGUAUGACUUGUCACAGGAAGAGCCAGAACAGGAUCUCCAUUUCCAAGAUGAUGAUGAAGAUGAGGACUAUUCUCCAGUGCCUAGAAAGAAAUCAAAGUUCAGUCGAAAGAAGCGUUUCCACAAGCGAUGGGCUGCAAAGAACGUUAUUGCAAAGUACAAAAGCAGGGGUAGAGGUAGGCCAAGGAAACGUCCACUGCUACAGGUGACAGAGGCCACAGUCAUAACACCUGCUACUGGGGAUAAUGUGGUGGAAGCCCCCCUAGAUUAUACUGAGGUGGAAGCACUUGUAGAUGCUUCUGUUACCAGCAUUAGUUCUGCCCUUGACUCAUCAAGCUCCAGUGGCCAAGAAGCACUACCAGAUAAACCAGACGAUGCGUCUCUCCUACCAGCUGUAGAGCUUGAUUCUCCAGCAAUGCUUGAUACUACAUCCACACCUACUUCCCCUGCCCAAAAUGGAUCCAUCCUUCUUGAGCUAUCAGAAGAUGAACUACUUUUCACACCGAGUGGCCGGCCAAAACGUCGCACAGGCAAUUACAACCCUGGUCAUGUUGAACAGAAGAAUAAUGAUGAACUAGGCCAGGGGCAGGUGAAGCCAGAGCCACCACGUCAGCCACAGUCACAGGAGCAGCAUGCACAGGUAGUCAGUCUGUCCCCGGUCAAGAGGGGAAGAGGUCGCCCACCAAAGCAUUUAAUGAAAGGCGAUCUUGUGAUGCGUAUCCGCAUGAAAUCUGGAUCAGAAGAAGAGCCUCAAACUCAACCAGUGGUUGUCAACGGGGAUGAGAUUGUCAAGGUAGAUGGCCGUAAGAGGAAGCGCAACUCUGAUCACUCAUCGCAUCUUCUUCUCAAUCCAAAAGGAGGUAUUCAGUUGUCAGAGUAUUUCAAGGUCACAAAGGAUCCUGCUCGCCCAUUCUGUUGUACUAUUGAGAACUGCACAAAGAACUUUAAGAGCAAGCAGCACAUGAGGGAACAUCUCUUUACCCACCUCAAGCCCUAUAGAUGUGAUCACUGUGACCAGGGUUUUGCCCGUACAGACUACCUGGCCUUCCACAUGAAAGAAGAUCAUGGUGUAUAUCCCACCAAAGAACAACUCUUUGCAAAGAGGAAACUUGCCAAUGCCAGAGCAACUUCCUCUAGGUAUCGUGCCAAUUGCAAAGACAAAAAGAGACAAAUGUUACAUGAAAAUGUAAUGAUGGGAAAUGGAUAGGAGUAGCAUCUUUAUUCAUGAUACACAGCAUUUCAUUUUGAAUACUUUCAGAAUAUAGAAUCUGCAUUUCAAGAUUGAUGAGAAAAAUAUUUUAGAUUCUGUAAUAUUAAUAUUUGUAUUUAAAGACAUUUACAAUCAACAUUAAGACAUUUAGCAAUGAAUAGUCUACAUUUUGAUAUAAUUGUCUUCAAUGAAUAUAUAUAUACUAGCAUGGAAUCUUUGGCUAUCUGAAGUGAUUAGCCUCUGCAUUUUCAUGUUUUAAUCACCAAGUCCUGAAAGUCAAAGGUACUAUUUAACAUUUGGACAGAAUCAAAAAUCAAUUCUGUUGUUUUAUAAUCUGUCUUAGAGAGUUGGUAAUAGAAUACUUGAAUGUUUUGUGAAAGAUGCAACAUAUUCAUUUCCAGUGGGGGGGGGGGGGAAUCAAUUUGUACCAUAGUUUGAAAAACUCAGAAUUCUAGAUAGGGUGGUUUCAACGAAUUAGAAGUGUAGCUUCAAAAAUGUUAAUUCUGCUACCCCAGCCUACCAUGGAUCUGACUGCAUGCACUAAUGCAAAGAACACAAUCUUAAAAGUACGUUUCAGCUAUUCCUUGUUAGAAUUUUGGUACAUUCUCCUUCAGCCAUCUCCUUCAGCUUUGUCAGUCACCUUUCUCAGCCCUAAAGAGAAACAACUUGUGCUUCCUGCCUACACGUACUUAUAUGUCUCAUGCUAAAGUGUAGUCUCUUCACGAUGUAGUUUAUCUGGCAAAGCAUUUUGCAUACGGGUGAAUACAGUGAAACAUGCUUUAGCAAUCACCUAUCUAUAAAGACCAAAUACUUCGAUUCCCUUGAUAUUUGUUUUCUAUUGGAACCUAGUGCGACCUGUUUACCUUGUCUCCCUCAAGUGUUUUUUAUGUACAGGUUUCACAGUACAAGUUUCACAGUAUAAAAAUUGUUGUGUGCCUGGCAGAAGGGCAUGAACAGAUUAUAUUUAUGUCAAAUUUCUGAUAGUCUAGGAUAAGUUAUCUUCCAUAGACGAAGUCCAAGAACAAUAAAAGAUAUGGGAAUUUUCUCGAUGUGGACAUCUUUUGUCUAAUCAUUCAUUCAUGCCCAUCUGUCAGGCAUGAAACUAAAUAAUUAACUUAAUGAACGUGGAUAAGAUAAUGAAACAAUGCAUGUAUAUGCUUGUUUCCUGUGGCAGAAAAGUAUGUGAUAUAGAGGAAACUACAUUUUGUCUGAUUGAAGCCAGAAGGGCGUUAACUCGUCUCGUAUCAUUUUACACAGGGCUAACACCCUUUUAGUUCCAAACAUUGACUUAAACUUUGUACAUGUACAGGUAUAAGCUCUCAACUAAUGACUGCUAUUUAAAUUGCUGUUUAUUUGACAACUUUGAAAGUAUUUGGGAGAAAUGCUUUGGGAUAUGUUUCAUUCAAUAUUUGUAAACUGCACUGCACACUAUACGAUCUUCCUGUGAUCCUAUUUUUAAAGAAAUGGUACUUAUAUUAGAUAUGGAAUUCUAAACAAAUUUCAUCUUCCUGAUUAAGGUUGUGGAGAUGUCGUGGUAUAGUGGUUCAUUCACGAUUCUCAUUCAAAGGGUUGAGAGUUUACAUCUCAGCCCAGAACUCAUAUCUUUCGGCAAGACCUUAAUCCGCAUUUACCACUCUCCACCCAGAUGUCGAAUGGGCACCAGGCAGGCAGGAUUUAUUCUUUGGGAUGCAUUGUGCUCUGAUCUGAUUACGGCUCCAGGGUAUUAAUAUCCAAACUUUUUUAGAAGCAGAUGGGGAGGCUAUAUCAUAAUGUGAUAUAUACAACAAAAGUUUAUUUGUAUUGUUUUCAUUUAUUAUAAUGGUUAGAACACUAUUAACGGCCUGAAUUUUAUUGCAUUUAAAGGGGGUAACGUGUAGCAUUACGAGACUAUGUGUUUUCCCAUGGCCCGACUCGGGGGCCAGUUGAGUAUAAUACCAAUACCGAUGACGCUACCGCAGCUAUCACGUGCGUACAACAUACACAAAAACCAAAGUGUGAGGAGAACUUCGGUCUAUUUUCGGGAACGCGCGCUGACCAUGUAGAGAUUAAGUUGCUGACUAACAGUAAUCAAGUCCAUGACGUUAACCAGCAUUUACCCAAGCUACACCCCCUUUAACUCUUCUAGUCGGAAUAAAAGCAAAAUCAGCUUUUCUUCAAGGAAGUAUGAAAUCCCUCACAAUUUAGAUUUUUAUUUAACGUAUUAUUCAAAUCCUCAAUCAUUAUGAUUUUACAAUUUCAUAUCACAUACUAUUGCAAACUUUCCAAAAUUGUGCAGAGUUAGGUUAGUGGGCUGUAAGCAGUAUGGUUUGAAUACAUGUAAUACACAAAUGACCCCAUACAAGUCUAUGAUACAUAAUUUCUUGAUUUAUAUAAAUAAUCAUUGCAAUAAAAGGUUUGACAUAAUUUUACUCUAAAUCGAAAAUGUCAUAUACAUGUAUGAUUUUCGUUAAAUGCUGCAUUAAUUGAGUUCUCCCAUAAUUGCAGACUUCUAUUGAAAGAUUUUCAUUACGCAUUGUAGAAACUAAAGAAAGGUUAAAUAAAGUAUACAUGUUCAAUCA